AAAACCGAUCAACCUGCUGGCCGGCCCAGUGUCAAGCGGCUCUCUGGUUGAAUCCAUCUAUCGGCCUCCCCAAAAACCCCGAUCAACUCCAGGUACUGCAUCACCGUCGGAUUCAUCUCCGGCGCCGAGUUCUUCAAAACCACAAAUCUGACUCCCUUAUUCCGUCUGCCGUGCAUCUGACCCAGCUCAAUUUCUCACAAGUUUUGUCUUGUCGGUGUUUAAUAACCGGAUCAUAAGAUUUGAAGUUCGCAGUAUACACUACCAGGCUUGUGCAAGAUGUCUUCAGCUCAAGAUCCAUUUUACAUUGUGAAGGACGAGAUUCAGGAAUCUAUUGAAAAUUUGUUCAUUACAUUCCGUGAAUGGGAGCGCACUCUACCAAGCAAUGGAAAUCACCUUCGUCUUGCAAAUGAGCUUUAUGCAACAUGUGAGAGCAUUAAAUGGCAGGUAGAUGAACUGGAGAGAGCUAUUGAUGCUGCAGCAAGUGAUCCUUCCUGGUAUAGAAUUGAUGAGGCCGAACUUGAACAACGACGAAAGUGGACCAGUGAUGCUCAUGACAAGGUGGCCAAUGUGAAGAAAGCAUUAGUAAGUGCCGGAAAGGAAUCAAAUCGAACAAACUCAUCUAAUUUUGCUGGGAAGCGAAGAGAACUAAUGAGGAUGCCAGACUCCACUCAGACUGGCAGAGCUGAGCAGUAUACUGUUAAUGAUAAUGAUGAUUACAUAUCAUCGGAAUCCGAUAAACAAUUACUUCUCAUAAAGCAACAAGAUGAAGAGCUUGACGAGCUUAGUGCUAGCAUAGAAAGAAUCGGAGGUGUUGGACUUACUAUUCACGAGGAACUUCUUGGACAGGAAAAGAUUAUUGAUGAUUUGGGUUCAGAAUUGGACAGCACUUCGACGCGUCUUGAUUUCGUUCAGAAAAAGGUUGCGAUGGUAAUGAAGAAAGCGGGCGCGAAGGGGCAGAUUAUGAUGAUAUGUUUUCUGUUAGUGUUGUUUAUCGUUUUAUUUUCCCUCGUCUUCUUAACUUAGAAGCAAACUGCUAGAAUAUAUACCAUGUAUUGAAGAACUUCACAACCUUUGAAUUAGGCAAGGUUUGAUUGGUGUACAUUGUAAUGUAAAUCGACCACUUGUGACUGUUUUACUGUUGCUUAUCACUCUAUACUCAAGUUGUAAGUGAUUAUGAUUCUUCUUCUUCUUCAAUGCUGGACUGGGCACAUUAGAACAAGAAAAAUGGGAUUUGGAU